AUGGAAGGGGGGCUCUCCUUGGACUACCUCCGCGGCAUCGGAUUCGCCGUCGCAGCUGGUUCGGGGGCCAGGGGCACGGAGGUCAAGACGGAAACGGAGCCGUCUCUUGCCGUGGGCGUCGCGAAAGGAUCCUCCCCCACGCUCCGCGUGCUGACGUUCAACGUUCUCUUUCCGAACAGCGAGACCAGCGGUGUGUGGUGGAUAUCCUGCUCCUCCUCCCUUGUCUGCCUCCUGCUGCUGUUCCUCAUCCUUGGCAUACGUUCACCCUCCUUCUCAUCAUCAUCAUCCUCGGUGGAUCUACAAGUACUUCGAUGCCGCUGA